UGCUUCCGGGGAGGGGGCGGGCUCCUCCCGGGGUGCCGACUCGGACGCCGAAGAACUCGCACAGCAGCGCCCAGAAGCCUGGUGUGAGCUGCAGGCCCCGGCGGGUCAGGGGGAGCAGGGCGCCUUGCUGCCAGUGGCUGGGGCCCGGGAGCAGCCCGGCCAGCUCCUGGGCCGGGACGGCGCUCGUGCCCACGGGCAGGGGCACCGGGGCGAGGAGCCGCGCCACGGCCCUGGCCAUGCUGCUGCCGGGGCCGAGGGGCGCGGCCGGGCCGAGGGGCAGCCAGCGCCGGGGUGGGGGCCGAAGCACGGCCCAGGCUGGCGCGGGCAGCGUGGAGAGGCGGCGCUUGAGCUUCAGCAGCACGAGGAGUGCUGCCACGGCCAGGGUGUCCUUCCAGAACAGGAGGCCUCGGAAGAAGUGCAGAAUGACUGCUCUGAUCUGGGCCAUGCUGAAAUGGGCGAGGAAGCUGUUGAGGAUUCGGUCGAUUGGUAUCAGAGCCAGGAACUCCUGCUGGAGGUUCCGGCCAUUUGGCUCGUCCUGGUGAGGGGCAUCUUCGUUCUCGUCUUCUUCCCCGGAGUCUAGUGACCGGUCCCGGGGGGCCCCUCCCGUGGAGAACAGCGGCCUUGCCCGGGUGGCAGCGUUGUGCCGGAAAGCCCUUCGGCUGAGGUGUCGCAGGGGCGGCAGAGGCCGGCCGCCAUCUUGUGCUGGCCGCUCCGUGACGUCAAAGUUGAAGUGGGAGAAGAAGAAGACCCAAUGCCCGGGGAGAAGUACGGUGAGCCUGUCAUUAUUCAGAGAGGCCAGAUCCUCUGUGUUGAGAAGGAUCAUGAUGGGCUCCUCGGUGUUCUCCAGGUAGCGGCACCACACCGUGAAGGCAGCCCUCACUGGGAGAAUCUUCAUCUCCAGUUGAGAGCAGGCGACCUCGAUAGGCGAGACACUUCGCGAGUAGAAGGCGCAGGAGACUCUCCUGCCGGUUUGGUCGUCUAUUUGGAUCAGGGAGGCGUGCAGAGCCGUCCUCGUGACGCCUGUGUCCAAGUAGAAGGGGUUCUGUGGCUUGGGGUGGUGCAGGAGGGGCGCCUUGCGGAAGGCCCGCUUCAGGCACUCGAAGGCCUCUUGCUCCUCGUCUCCCCAGGAGAAGGUGGGGGUGCUCAGCAGCCGCCGCGCCAGGGGCUCUGUGAUAAUGCUGAAGCGCUCCACGAAGUGCUGGUAGGGCAGGAUGAACUGGAUCAGGUGUUUCAGGGACUUCUUAGAGCUGGGCGUGGGGUACCCUGUGACGGUGUUCACGACGCUCUUGUUGAGUUUCACCCCUUUGGGGGUUAUGACGAAUCCCAGGAAUUCGGCGGUGUGUCGGUGGAACUGGCUUCGGUCCAGUGAGCAGUAGACGUGGUGGUGUCGGAAGCGGACCAGGACUUGUCGGACAUGUUGGAAGUGUUCCUCCUGGCUCAUUGAGUAGACCAGGACGUCCUGCCCAUACGAGAGCACGAAGUAACCCAGCAUGUCCUUUAGGAUAAAGUGGAGCACGUUCUGAGGGAUGAUCGGGUCUGAGGAUAGCGGGAAGGGCUGGUAGCUCUUCAUCUCUUGAGGCUCGAAACCAAAUGCUGCUUUCCAUACAUCUUCUGCUUGGUGUAUGUUCAUGCUUUCCUCCACAAUGGUCCCCCGCAGCUCCAGCUUUGUGAACCAUGUAGCUCCGUGUAACUGGUCGAACAGUUCUGGAAUCAUCUGUAUGUAGUCCUGUUUGUUGGUCAGCAUGCUGUCCGGGCUCCAGUUUUCAUCCCGCGGCCUGGCACUUCUUUGCAUCCCGGCACCCACAGGUUCCCACGGCGCGGUGGAGGGACAUUCGUAAAAGGUCUCGCCGUGAUCACUGUCUCCAGCCUGCUGAAGCUCAGAGGGCUCUGAUUCAGAAAGAUCAUCGGAUCCGUCUGAGCUUGGCUGGUCGGAAGUCUCAUCAUCUGCUUCCUUCGGGUUAAACACGUCGGCCAGGUCGGAGUACAGGGGCGGCAGUCCGGGCAGCAGGCUUAUGGCAUGUCUUUCUAGUGCGAUGCAUGGUGGGGGCGGGCGGAAGCACUUCUGUAGGCAGUAGGGAGAGUGGAAGGUGCAGCGGCCUUGGAUCCAGUCGACCUCGGGGGUGUGGAUCCGGAGCCAGUUGAUGCCUAAGAUCACGGAGAAGCUGGGGGACGGAACGAUGUCGAAUUCGAUGGACUCCUGGUGGUUCUGAUGGAUGCACACCAGGGGCUCGGUGUAGAGCCAGACAGGUUCGUUGCCGAUCAGUGAGCCGUCCACACCUUGGACCAUCUGCGGGUAGGGCUUCUCGUAGAGCUCCACAUAGUGCUCUUGGGCAAACCUCUCAUCCAUGAAGUUGCCGCCCGCCCCCGAGUCAACCAGGGCCUGCACCGCGACACUGUGGUAUGGGUUCACUCUGACCAGGAGCAGCAGGAAGAGGUGGUUGCGGUUGAUGGUGGGGCGCACUUCGCAGGGCAGCCAACUGCUCACCAUCCACCUCUCCGGGGCAGGUGAGUCGAUCCAGGUCAGAUUCCGUGGGCGGGCCUCUGGGGGCAGCCUGAGCAUGGCCCUUCUCUCUGCCAGCUUUUCUUCUAUCUGCAGGACGAGCACAAUCAGGCUGUCCAGCGAAUCUGGCUGCGGGACCCGGAACAGAUAGUGCCUGAUCUCCUCAUUGAGCCCCUGGCACAGGUGGGCCUGCAGGACCUCGUCCGACCAGCCCAAGGUGGGUACCAGGCCCUGGAACUCGUUGAUGUAUUCGAUGGCAGGGCGAUUCCCCUGCCUGAUGUUGAACAUGGCGUCUUCGGCCACACACAGUGCCUGUCGGUACUCGAACAUACCUGACAUUGCCUCCAGGAAGGCCGGGAAGUCAUCCAUCAGGGGGCUGUCUUCAUUCACCAGAGCUCUGGCCCAUUCUAAGGCCAUGCCGGAGAGGUGGCACAUGACGUACCCCACUCGCAGGCGGUCGUUGUAGAACAUUCUCGGGUAGCUUUGUAGGAUCAGCUGGCAGAGCACGAUGAACUCGUGGUAUUCUCUGCGAUCACCAGAGAAUUUUGAUGGGACGGGCAGUCGGCCUGCGUUGAUUGCUUCCAUCAAGAUCUCUUCUGCUACUCUUUGUUGCUCUCGGAGGUCUUGCAUGCGGAAGUACAGAGAGAUGAUGGAUCUCACCGUGGCCAUGAUCUCCGAAGUCUCGGACUCCUCUUCAGGACGCUCCUCCUCUCCCACGUCGGCCAGGCACUGUGUGAAGACCCCGAUGGGAAGAAAUGGAAGCAAGCCUUGCCUUGCAGAGAGGACAUCACCAGCGGUAGAGAUGAGGACCACGCCCUCACGCUAAAUGUGCUGGAGGUGGCUGGAGGUGAGACUGUGCUUCCCGCCCCACCCCCCACCCCCAGAAGGGAGCAGGUGCCUGGCCCAGGAUCGAAUCGAAAGCUGAGGCUCACUGCCCCCUGGAUGGGCAGUGAGUCGUGGGUUCCAGAGGCCAGCGUGGGGACCCAGCCCCCGCCCCCCCGGCCCGGGAUGGCACCCCUACCCAGAGGGGGGUGGAUGCGGCCCUCCUAGGCUGACCUCACAGCAGACCAGAACCCAGAGGGAGGACGAGGGGAGCAGAGACAGUCGGGGGUCAGUGUUGGGAUCCAGAGAGCCUUUCCUUGAGUCAACUAUAUAACUUGGACUGGCGUUGCCUGGAUUUAUGAGGCCUUCCGUAGGAGCGAACGUCUUCAUGUUGAAUUACCCUGGCCCGGAGGUGGAUGCAGGAAUCUGCCUGGAGAUAAUCAAGAUCGACACCGUGCCUUAUAACACACCUUAGUACCCUGUAAUCUGAGCACACUGGGGCUGAUUUAACCCCCUCACCGCUGUCGCGAGAGCCCCAGGUCCUUACCCCGUGGGGACGGACACGGAGCGUGGGGCAGGUUGCCUUGGGCUCCUGGGUCGCCUGGAUCUGCCUUCCCCUCAAUGAAAAGGCCUCCUAUUCUGCUCCUGAGGACUGAACCGUCUGCCCUGCGCACUGGUUGGCUUGUUCAAAUCAGUGUCCAAAUUCUUUCCUGCACUUUACAAGGGACACUGGGAUGACAGCAGAUAAGAGGACCCUGAGAAGUUAGUGACUUGUCCAAGAUCAGCUAGGAAGCAGGACCCAGGACUGCAAUCCAGGGCUGCUGUGAGGAUCAAACAAGAUAAUGUAUGCUAAAGCAUGCUGUGACCACUACGUGCUGGGUGCAGGAGAAUGGAGGCCCCAGGGUGGGUCUAAUGACACUCUUGUUGAUGAAGAUCUUGGCUGUGAACUCUGUGGAAAAUGAGCCAUGGACCAACCAACGUGAGUGAUGAUUCAAUCUGAUUUCUUCAUUCUCCCAUGAGGAAGCUCUUGGCUAUCCCUUCUGUGGAUAAGGAGCAAAGUGACUCAUAGUCUGCAUUUUCACCAAGUGAACACACCACAGAUGAUUUAAUCAUUCUCUAAUGCUAAAGACCUUGGCUUUCACAAACCGUCUGGGUAAGGAAAGAAGAAAUGGAUGUAAGUAGCAGAGUUUAUAUUCUUUGGUUGGGAGGUUGGUUUAUGGCUAUUGCUUGAAUUUUCCGAAGUAAUGAAUGGAUAUAUUAAUAAAUAAAAAGCCAAGUAACACCAGCACAGACCCAAAUUGAGAUUUACGAUUAAUCUGAUUCAGUAUUAUUGAAAUUCAGAAAAAAAGAUGCAAGGUAUUUCAUUUGUUUUCAGGGUUGGUCCACAUUGUGUUUUAUUUUUGCAUUGCAAUACAUUUAAGUACUUCUCCAUCGAUAAAAAUUUAAGCUGUGAAUUCCUUGAGGAAGGAACAUACAAGAAGAUAGACAAAAUAGUUGAUGUUCUAGAUGUGGAGAAAGAUUAAAGUUCCCAUGGUUAUUUCUUGAAUCAUCUUUUUUUUUUUUAAAAGAUUUAUUUAUUUAUUUAUUUGAGAGAGAGCACAUGAGAGGGGGGAGGGUCAGAGGGAGAAGCAGACCCCCUGCUGAGCAGGGAGCCCGAUGCGGGACUCGAUCCAGGGACUCCAGGAUCAUGACCUGAGCCGAAGGCAGUCGCUUAACCAACUGAGCCACCCAGGCGCCCUCUUGAAUCAUCUUUAAAUGUAAAAGAGUCAAGCAUGGACCAAUGAAAUUGAUAUUAAGCAAGGAUGUUAGCUAAUUUGUAUUUGCAAAGAGCAUACAUAUAUAUUGCAAAAAAUGUCCUUGUCUGCGGGAAAUGGGCAUAGAGCCAGUUCUUAGUGAUAUUCAAGGAUGUUGUUCUUGGGCUUUUUGAUUCAUGAGAAUGGAUUAUAUUGUUAUUAGUGAAUCAGUGAAUAAAGCAAUAAGCAAUUCAUAAAUAAAAGAAUAAAACAACGUUCAGUAUAGAUUAAUGAUGAGUAUUCUGAGAUGUAUGAAUCAAAGAUUUUAAUUAAACUCUAUAACUUUGAGGUCCAUUAGAAAAAAGAAAUCUAGUUUAUUUCUUCUGUGAGAGAGGGACUUAAACGGCAAAAGUUAGGAGUCAAUGAUCUGUUCCUGAGCUUUAGUUCUUAAUGUCUGUGAAACAUAUCCUAAGUAAAGCAAUGCAAGAAUAAAGAUGAGUAAAUGAAUGAUGACUAAUUAUGUGAGUCUGCAAUGAAACAAGAAUUAUUAUUAUAUUAGGUCCUGAAACUCUGAGUUUCAUCAUCUAAAUAGAUCAAGUCUAUCUUACUUUUUUCCAUAAAGAAUAUGGAUCCUAUUCCAUGAGAAUCCAUGUUGUUUCAGAUUUCUGGUAGGUAGCUAUUGUUGGUUCUGUUUAGAAAAAGAACAAAUCCUUCACACUAAAAACAAUUGUUUAAAUAAGUGCCUAAUUGAAAGAAAGCCCAGCAUGGACUAAUAUUGAGAAUAUGAUCGUAGCUAUGAUCAAACAAAUGCUGUUUGCUGACUAUUAUUUGAAAAAAACAAAAAGAGUCUAAUAGGUUUUAUCUGUGGACAAUGAACAUAUGGACAGAUACUAGUAUUAGUCAAUGUUCUUGUCCAGUGCCUUAGUUUGCCUUCACUUUGAAUGUAUUGUUAAAAGUUAAUGAACAAAUGAGUUCAUAUAUUGGUUAAUUAUUUAAAAGAAAGCAGAGGAGUAGCUGUCUUGAAACAAAUAUAAUGAUUAAACCAUUUUAGACGAAGAGGAAGAAAUCUAGACUUAUCCCACUUUGGACAAAGUGGGUAUCAGCAAUUGCAUGAACUGGUAUUUCAGUUUUGGAGUACUGGCGAGUUUUACUAUUUCUCUUUAAAAAAUGAAUAAAUAACCAAAUUAUUCUUUGAUUAAUUAAGAGAGAAACAUGAGUGAAUCAAUAAAUAGGGUAUAAAUUAGGGUAAAUCUUCGACCAAUGCUCAUGGUGCACUCUCUGCAAUGCCUGAGUAUGGACCCUUAAAAAAGAUCAAUGAGGCUGUGAACCAUGUAGUUAGGGAGUAUAUAGAUGGAUAGUAGCACUAGUUACAUUUAGUUAUUUAGCAACUAGUGGGUGGUGGAUUUAACAGUGUUCACUACAUAAAUUAAAAAUUAAAUGGUAAAUAAGUCAAUCAAAAAUAGAGUCAUUCUUGAGUCAAUAAUGAGAAUGUGGUAGCAACUAAGGUUUAUUCAUCUAGUACUUCAUGACUCCAGUCCAUUAAAAAAAGUUAAGUCUAUGCUGUUCUAUUCUUUUUUUUUUUUAAGAUUUUAUUUAUGUGUGAGAGAGAGAAUGAGAGGGAGGAGGGUCAGAGGGAGAAGCAGACUCCCUGCUGAGCAGGGAGCCUGAUGUGGGACUCGAUCAGGGGACUCCAGGAUCAUGACCUGAGCCGAAGGCAGUCGCUUAACCAACUGAGCCACCCAGGCACCCUAUGCUGUUCUAUUCUUUAUAAAAAGUGUAUUUUAAUUCAUGGAACAAAAACACUAUAGCUGAUUUAAUUAUUCAAUAGUAAUAAAGAUUUUAGUUUUUACCUUUGUGGAUAAGGAGCCUAGAAACUGUAGUAGAUUAUAGUCAGAAUUUAUGUCCUUGGUUUAGGUGGUUUGUUCAUUAUGGCAUUAUGUCAAAGAAUAAAUACAUAAUAUCUAAAUAAAAUCAAAAGAUGCCACACAGGGACCAAUAAUGGAAACCAACCAAAGUGUACAAUUAAUCCAACUCAGUGCAACUGGGUUUAUUAAAAAUCAUGGGGGACUUUUGUUCACUUUUAGGGCUUUUAAUGUUAUAGUUUGUAUCAUGGUUAAUUUAAACAUUUUUUCAGUGAUAAAGAUCUAGGUCAUUUACUCUUCAAAUGUCAGGGGGCAAGUUUGGACCAAUGAUGAGUAUCCUGGGGUGUCUGAAUCAAUGAUUUUGAUUAAACCCUAUAACUCUGAGGUCAGAGACCUAGUUAACUAUACAGUAAAUCAGCUUACAGCAGAGGUUAGUAAUAUUCAGGAUUUUGUUCUUAAGCUAUGAAGGUUCAUAGGUCUGGAUUGUGUAGCACUAUAAGUGAAUUAAUAAAUGAAUAAAUAAAUACAUAAUAAAAGACAAAGUGCCAUAUGUGGCCCAAUUAUGGGAAUGUGUAAUAUGUUUAUUAUUAUUAAUAUUUUCUGAAGCUCCCAGUUCCAUAAUAUAUUGAUUAAAUCUGAUACCUGUUCAGGACAGGAACAUAUCCAGAUGAGUACCAGGAAAGCAAUGUUGUUUUGUUCUGUGUUGUCAUCUUCAAGGUGCUAGUUGCUUGUUGAAAACAAGAAAAUAUGAUCUGUUUGGUUAUAUCUGGGAGUAAUGAGCAUAUGAACAGCUGUUAAUUCUAUUUAAAUUUCUAAUCCAAUUUGUAUGUUUGUAGAUAUUGAUGAUAUUGUGAGUGAAUGUAUAAAUACAUUUAUGUCUCAACCAAUUAUUUUGAAGAGAGUGCAGCAGGAUUUUCUCAACCCCUCAUUACUGACGUUUUGGGCUGGAUAAUUCAUUGCCCGGAAGGCUGCCUGUACUUUGUAGAAUGUUUAGUAAUUUCAUGGCAUCUCCUAGAUGUCAGUAUUGACCCCCCACCCCCAGGUGUGACAGUCAAAAAUAUCUCCAGGCAUUGGUAAAUGUCCUCUGAUAGCAGAUUUUUUGUUUUAGUUUUAGUCUUGGUAAAAAAAAUGCUUUAUUUAAAUUCAAUUUAGUUGACAUACACUGUAUUAUUCAUUUCAGAGGUAGAAUUUAGUGAUUCAUCAGUUGAGUAUAACACCCAGUGCUCAUUAUAUCAAGUGCCCUCCUAAAUGCCCAUCACCCAGUUACUCCUCCCCCCCCACCUCCCCUUUUGCAACCCUCAGUUUUGUUUCCUAGAGUUAAGAGCCUCUUAUGGUUUGUCUCCCUCUCUGUUUUCAUCUUAUUUUAUUUUUCCUUCCCUUUACCUAUGUUCAUGUGUUUUGUUUCUUAAAUUCCACAUAUGAGUGAGUCCUAUGGCAUUUGUCUUUCUCUGACUGACUAGUUUUGCUUAGCAUAAUACCCUCUAGUUCAAUCCACAUUAUUGCAAAUAGCAAGAUUUCUUUCUUUUUGAUGGCUGAGUAAUAUUCCAUUGUAAAUAUAUAUACCACCUCUUCUUUAAACAUUCAUCUGUGGAUGGACAUCAGGGCUCUUUCCUGGGUUGUAGGGUAUCUCUAUUUUUAACUUUCUGAGAAACCUCCAUACUGUUUUCCAGAGUGGCUGCACCAGUUUGCAUUCCCACCCACAGUGUAAGAGGGUUCCCCUUUCUCUGCAUCCUCACCAACAUCUGUUCUUUCCUGACUUGUUAAUUUUAACCAUUCUGACUUGUGUGAAGUGGCAUCUCAUUUUGGUUUCGAUUUGUCAUGGCAUGAGUCAUCACAGAGAAUGUAAAAUAAGGAUUUAAAUGUACUCAAUUCUGCAAAAGAAACAUCUGUUGAAAUUACCUUUUAUUCUGUUAGGACUAUUAAAAUAUAAAGAUAUAUAUUUUUAAAGAUUUUAUUUAUUUAUUUGACAGGGAGAGACACAGCGAGAGAGGGAACACAAGCAGGGGGAGUGGGAGAGGGAGAAGCAAGCUUCCCGCGGAGCAGGGAGCCCGAUGCGGGGCUCGAUCCCAGGACCCUGGGAUCAUGACCUUAGCCGAAGGCAGACGCUUAACGACUGAGCCACCCAGAAUGAGCAUAAGACAGCAGACUUAUUCAUUUUCUAAGAAACAACAUCUUGGCAGUUAGCUGUGUGUGUAAAGAACAUAGAGACAAAUAAUGAACACAAAGCUGAUUUAAUCAUUCUGUAAUCCUCAAGACCUGGAUGUUAAUUUUGGGACUAAGAAGUGUAGAAACUGAUAGUGAACAAUAGCACUGCUGACUCAGUCAUUUAGUAAGAGUUAUUAUAGUCAGCCAGGAGCAUGAAGACUAAUAUAAAAUGAGCACAAUCUACUAGAUUUGAUUAUUAUCUCAUGGUGAAGAUCUUGCCUUUUAUCUCUUUGGGUAAAGAGAGAAGAGAUCAAUCCAUUGUCCAAUGAAGAAGAUCUUGACUGUUAACUUCUGUGGAAUGAAGACAAUGGUUGAUUUAAUUAGUCUCUACUGAUGAAGAUCUUGGCUGUUAUCUUUGUGGAAUGGAUGCAUGAUGAAUUAAUUAUGGAGUGUAGAAACUUAUAAUGGAUGCUCCCAGCCAAUUUAAGCAUCUCCAUGGUCUUGAGCUCUCUGGUUGCCUAGGAGCCUAGAGAUCAAUAAUGGAUAUACUUGAGCUGAUUCCCUGUGGUUGGCUCCAUUGUUAGGAACACAGACACGAAUAGUGGCCACACCAAGCUGAUUAAAGCAUCUUCCGUGAUUAUGAGCUCUAUAUGUAGGAGAUGGAGACCAGUAAAGGAUGCCCUGGAGCUGAUUUCAGGAUUCUAUCAUGGUCACAAGAUGUCUGCUUGUCUAUGUGUUUGGUGCAUUGAAGGAAUGCACACACCCAAGGUGGUUUAAGUAGUAUGCCUUGGCCAGUGAUCUCUACAUUUGCCUGUAGGAACAUGGAACCAACCUCUGCUCUGUACUCCUCAGAAUGGGUGAUGACUUCAGUGCAUUGAAGCAUCUUCCAUGGUCCUGAGCUCUGUGGUUGCCUCUUGGUGUAACGAGCACAGAGACCAAUAAUGGAUAAAUUUGAACUUACAUAGUCAUUUGGCCGUGAUCAGGUGCUCAUGGAUGCUCCUGUGUGUAAGAGCAUGGAGAACAAUAAUGGAACUCCAAGCUGAUUGGCCAUGGUCAAGAUUGUCUUGUUGCUUCUGUGUUGGAAAGAGACCAAGGACAUCCUCAAGCUGGUUGAAGAUUUCUUUCUUGGUCACAAGCUCUCUGGUUGCAUCUGUGUUUCAGGUGUACAGAGACCAAUAAAGAAGACACCUGACCUGGUGUAAGCAUCCCCCAUGUUCAGGCGCUCCAGGCUAGCCUCUCUGUGUGGGAGCGUGAAGCCAAACAAUCAACACACUCCAGCUGAUGCAAGCAUUUUCCAUGGUCAAAAGGUCUGUGAUUUCCUGCAUGCUCUGAGCAUAGAGAUGAAUAAUGGACGCACUCAUGGUGAUUUAAACAUUCUUCCGUGACCACAAGUUCUAUGGCUGUGUCUAUGUGUUGGAGAAUGGAGAUGAACAAUGGACGCACUUGGGCUGAUGUAAGCAUCUUCCAUGGUCAUGAGCUCCGUGCCUGCAUUUUUGCAUUAGGAGCGUAGAGACCAACAACGGGCGCCCUCAAGCUCAUUAAAGCUCCUUCACGUGGCAGAGCUCUGUGGCUGCAUCUGUGUCUUAGGAGCAUAGAGAACAAUAAUGGAUGUGUUCCAGUUGCUUUAAAAUCUUCCAUGGUCAGGAGCUCUAUGGAUUUAGGAGCAUUGAGACAAGUAGUGGUCACCCUUGGCUGUUUGAAGCAAUCCACCACAGUCAUGAGUUCUGUGGUUGCAUCUAUGUGUGAAGAGCAUGGAGCACAAUAACAGGUGCUUGAGCUGAUGUCAGCUUCUGCCAUGACCAAGAUUGUGAUGCUUCCUUUGAGUAUGGAAAGAGACGAGAAUCAUCUCACUGGAGAUGAUUCAGCACCUUCCAUGGGUUCUGUGGUUGCCUCUAUAUAAUAGGAGGAUGGAGAUUAAUAAGAAACACUGGACCUGAUUUAAAGAUUUUUCCUUGAUCCUGACCUCUAGGGUUUCAUUUAUUUUAGGAGACUGGAGUCCAGUAAGAGAAGCUCCCAAGGUUAUUUCCAUCUUUAUUGUGAUCAAGGUCACCGUGUUUCCCUUUUAUAGGAAAGAGACCAAAAACAGACACACCGCACCUGAGUUGAGGCUUCUUCCUUGAUCAUGAUCUCUGGGGUUAAUCUCUAUUUUAGGAGUUGGAAGACCAAUAAUGGAUGCUCUAGCUGAUUUCAUCUUCUGCUCUGAUCAAGAUUGUUAUGUUGCUUUUGUUUUAGGAGAGGAAAGCAAGCUGAUUUAAGCAAUAUUCCGUGGUGGCGAGCUCAAGUGGUUGCAUUUCUGUGUUGAAAGCACAGAGAGCAAUGACGGACAAGUUAGACCUGCUUUAAGGAUUCUCCCCUGAUCAAGAGCCUUAGGGUUGUAUUUUUGUACUGGGGAGACAGGAGACAAAUAAUGGAUACACUCCAGCUGAUUGUAACAUUCUUCCAAGGUCGUGAGCCCUCUGGUUGCAUCUAUGUUGGAGGAGCAUGGAGACCCCGAUGGAUGCACUGGAGCUGAUUAAAGCAUCUUCUAUGGUCGUGAGCUCCUGGUUACCUCUAUAUAAGAAGAGGACAGAGGUUAAUAAUGGACACACUCCAGCUGACUGUAAUAUUCUUCCAACUUCACGAGCCCUCUGGUUGCAUCUAUGCUUUAGGAGCAUGACGACCACAAUGGAUGCACUUGGUCUGAUUUCAUACCUUCACGGGCAUGAGCUCUGUGGUUCCCUCUAUGUAAUUAGAAGAUGCAGAUUAAGAAGAGACACACUGGACCUGAUCAUGAACUCUAAGGCUGCAGUUCUGUUGCAGGAGUUUGGAGGCCAGUGUGAGUAAUAAUCAGAGUUCUUACCUUCAUUCUGGUAUUUUGCUUAAGGAUAUUCACUGUAUUAGUAAAAAGUAUGAACUAUAAUCAAAGAAUGUGAACUGUCUCCUAGUAACAAUUACGGGAUUAAUAUGAAGUAUUAUUUUGAUUAAUACAUAUAUGAAAAACUGAGGAUAGUUAAUGGCAGAGAUAUUGUGAAAUGAUUCUGGUCACACACUAGGGAGCUCAAGCCCUUGUUUUAUUUUUAAUAGUAGAGUUUAGAAUUAUAAUUAGUGAAUUAAUGAGUUAAUCGAUAAACAAUACAGAAAUGAAUGAAGAGAAAUUGGUUUUCUUUGGAUCAAUGAUAACUGUUGGUGUAGGAGUCACUCAUGAUGAAUGAUAUGUGUCUGGACCGCUGAGGUCCAACACAGAGGAAAUGUGAGGUUUGUUUUUUUUUUAAUUGUCAUCUGCUCUGAUCUAUACUCCUCAGAAGGAACCCACUUGAGAUGAUUAAAGCAUCUUUCAAGGUCAUGUGCUGUCCAGUUGCAUCUAUGUUGUUAGGAACAUUGGAAAGACCAGUGUGAGUAAUGUCAGCGUUUGAGCUUAGGUGGUUUGUUCAAGGGCACUCAGUGUAUUAUUCCAAAUAUUAAAUAUAAUCAAAGAAGGCAAAAUAGGCCAGUGUCAAAUAUCAUACUGAUAUCAAACAUUAAGUUGAUGAAUCCAUAAAUGUAAACCUUGAGGUCAGUUUUUGAAACAGAGUUAGUCUCUGGAAAAGAUUGUAGGAAGAGAUAUUAAGGAUAUUAAGGGAUCUUCUAUUUAUUUAUUUUUAAUUUUGUGUAUUUAUUAAUUUUGUUAAGCCAUAAACAAUUGUUUAUGAGGAUGAAAAGAAAGAGGCCUAAUCAUGAGUCAGUCGUGAUGAAUGGUGGUGGAUGAAUCAUGGACAAUGAAUAUUAUGUGUCUGGAUAACGAGGUGCAACAUAAUACCAACAUAGUGUAUUCUGUUUAUUUAAUCCUAUAGAAGGUGUCAGGAAUAUACCCAAUGUAGGUAUUGGGUUUAUAGAUUUAGAUUAUUAUUGUUAAUAGACUAAUUAUAGGACCAUUAAAGAAAUACAAAUAAUAAAGAAGAAAGGCCAAGGCAUUGUUUAACUCUGAACAUUUGUGGACAGGUAUGAGCUAUUAUUGGUUCAAUUGAAAACACUGAAACUCAUUAAGGAAUAAAGGGAACAAGAGUGUCAUUUGAAAAAAAAAAAAGAAGAGUGUCAUCUGUUUGACUAAGGAUCGUAUUAGCCCAGAUAAUUAAGAGUCAGUUUUUUUGUUGUUGUUGUUGUAUGUCUGUUUCAAGUCUCCUGCUGUUGAUUUUGUUAAGAUAAAAGUAUUUACAUGAGGAAUAAUUUAUAAAUUCCUAAAUGAGUGGGCAAAGAUGUGGAAAUCAAGGAUCAAUGCGAAUAAGAAUUUAACCUUUUUUUUCAAAUCAUCUCCUGUGCUUUGUCCUUCUCAGAAUGGACACACUUGAGCUGAUUCAAGCAGUACAACCUGGUGGCAUAGAGACCAGUAAUGGUCACCCUCAGCUGAUUGAAGCAAUCCACCAUAGCCAUGAGUUUUGUGGUUGCAUCUAUGUGUGAAGAGCAUGGAGCACAAUGUGAGUAACAGUCAAAAUUCUUUUCUUGGUUUU